ACACUCGUGAUAAUAAAAUUCAAGUUCAUUACAACGUGUUUUUUUCCGCCAUUAUCAAGAUAAGAUAAUGUUUGAACUAAAUGCAUUUAAAAUGUAAUAAUUACGCCAAUUCGCAGCCGGAUUUAACUGGAAACUCAAAUUUGCAACUCUGCAAAGUUAUAAUCGAAGUUUAGCGUAAGCCACAUUGCAAAUAAAUGCAAUUAUCGAAUCAUUCCCGCACGUGACCUGAAUGUUUUGUAAUAAUUAGACUGAUAACAUUCCAACACAUUCUGCGUGCCUUUGUGCGCGUCGCGCAUGUUUUGAGCGUGUCGCUAUAUUUAAUGAGCAAGUUAAGUGACCACAAUAACAAAAACACCAAAAGUGAGAUGACUAUUUUCAUCUCAAGUACAAUUCUCAGCAGCUCAAUGCUGCUUACUCGUGUUUGUCGCCUUGAAAGUGACAUGAAACAAUCGCUACUGGCUGAUUUAUCAAUGAACAUCGGAAUGUGUACAAAUCACAAUGGACUCACAAUCUGAUAAGCUUCCAUCUCCAAUACCAAGUUGAAUUCCAACUCAGAUUAAUUAAUCAUUGUGUGUUCAGAUGUCUCAGUGAAUCACGUCGUGAAAAAAUGUGCUAAAAUGGGUGAUAUUCCAGAAAAAGAAAAACUUCAGAUUCUCAAUGAAGAACAGAGUGAUGUGGUUGACCUGGACGCGUUGUUAGUGCAUUUGGGACAAUUCGGAAAGUUUCAAAAACGUAAUUUUUUCCUCAUAUCACUCAUUGUUAUCUAUGCUGCAUUCCCUUUUGGAUAUGUGUUCACCACGAGGAAAUCAGAGUAUAGAUGUUUUAUUGAUGGAUGUGAUGAUAUCGAAUCCCCUGUAUAUGAAACUUCAUGGAUGACUGCCGCUAUACCUAAUAGUACUAUUGAUCCAACCAAACCGGAACAUUGUCAUCGUUAUCCAUUGGGCCAAAAUGUUUUUGGAUGUAAUCGAGACGCUUUUGUACAAACCGAGAAGAUCCCAUGUGAGAAUUUUGUUUUUUUGAAUGCUGAUGCCACAAUUGAGAAAGACUUCAACGUCACGUGCGAUGAGAAUAUACUUAAGUUAACAAUGGUGGGAACUUUGGAUAAUCUCGGGGAGUUGUUUUUUCUGCCUUUAUCUGGAUUCAUAUCAGAUAGAUUUGGGAGAAGAACCACAAUGAUCCUUGGAGUCCUCGCUGGUACCUUCUGUGCCUUAUUCAAAUCCUUUGCUGUUUCCUACACCAUGUUCCUCAUGUUUGAAAUUUUUGAAACUUUUCUAAGUUGUGGAGUAUACAGCGCCGCCUAUAUCCUAGCUGUGGAAUUAGUCCCUCCUGAAAAACGUGUCCUGGCUAGCACUGUAAUAUCCUGUGCUUUUGCAACAGGGGAAGCCAUCUUGGGUUUGGUAGCAUGGCUCACCGGAUCAUGGCGUACCAUGUUACAAAUCCUCUAUGUCCCUGGAGUGUUUUUCAUCUUCUACUUUUGGAUAGUUAAUGAAUCAGUCAGAUGGAACUUAUCCAGAGGUGAUACCAAAGCAGCAAAACGUACCUUGUUACAUGUAGCAAGUGUAAACCGUACCACCAUACCGGAAGACACUAUCAGAAGACUAGGGAUUCAAAAAAGUGAUGAUAACAAAAAGAGGGAAUCAUUCUGGACUGUUUUUACUUCUACUAAAUUAAGCAUAAGAUUGCUGGUGUGUUCAUUGGUAUGGAUAUGCUGCGUGUUUGUUUACUAUGGAUUCACGUUACACGCAGUUGCCAUUUCCGGGAAUCUGUACUUCAACUUUAUCGCGGUGACCUUCAUCGAAAUCCCAGCGUAUUUCGUCUCGUAUUUUACGCUGGAUGUGUUUGGACGUAAAAAAUCUCUCUGUUCUUCGUUAAUUUUGGGAGGUCUGGCUAGUUUUGCAUUUAUAUUCGUACCGGAAGCAAGCACAACCUUGAGACUGUUACUAUUCCUGGUUGGAAAGUUCAGCGCGACAGUGGCAUUCACAGCUUUAUACAUGUUUACAACCGAAUUGUUUCCCACCUCUGUAAGACAUCAAUUACUAUCCACAUGCUCGACUUUCGGACGAAUUGGAUCAAUGAUUGCACCACAAAUACCUCUGCUGGCUCAAAUACUACCAUCACUGCCAAUGAUACUAUUCGGAGUCAUGGCGACUAUAGCCGGAAUACUUUCGCUGACAUUCCCGGAAACGUUGAAUACCCGUCUGCCGGAUACAAUUCACGAGGCUGAAAACAUCCAACUUCAAACAGAAUACGCUUGUCAGAGAUAUGCCCCUGUAGAUAAUGAUCAUUCCUGUGGACCCAGGUCCUUUAAUACUUCUGAUAUUCAAAAGUGUGAUAGACUGGUAACUGAUGGUAGUGACCUGACCACAAUUGAACAUGAGUUUAAAUUAACCUGUGAAGAUAACUUAUGGAAGCUGACAGCUUUGGGUUCCUUGGAUGAAAUUGCAGAAGUAUUAUUUGCUCCUUUUGUUGGAUACUUUUCUGAUCGCCUGGGUCGUAAAUGGGUCCUGAUCUAUUCUCUAGUAUUAAGUGGGAUCUGUGGUGUGGUCAAAUCCCUUUCACCUUCUUAUGUGGUCUUUGCUAUAAUGGAGUUUGUCACUGCUUGCUUCACAAGUGGGAUCUAUGGAUCUGGGUUUAUCCUUGGUGUGGAACUCCUGGCUGCUGAACAAAGAGUGUUUGGAAGUACCUUGAUUGCUAUAGUCUUUCCAUUUGGGGAGAUUCUACUAGGUCUAGGUGCUUGGUUUUCUCCAUCAUGGAGAGUGAUGUUGAGUGUGCUCUAUGCCCCUGGGGUCCUGUUCAUGUGUUACUUCUGGUUGAUGGAUGACUCUUUAAGAUUCCUCCUGGCUAAUGGAAAGAAUAAAAGGGCACGUAGGUUGAUCAAACGUAUAGCACGUGUAAAUAAACUUAAAAUCUCAGCGGAUAUCAAAUUGGACAACACUGCACCUCCAACUAGUAAUACAGGUAUAGAGGUGGUACCCAAAGAAGAGGAGGAUGAUGAUACGCAACGUGAGACCUUCUUUCAAGUAUGUCAGUAUCCAUCCCUGGUGUUGAGGGUACUCAAUUGUUCAUUCAGUUGGAUCAGUUGCACCUUUAUCUAUUAUGGUCUUACUGUUUACUCUGUAUCUCUUACUGGGAACAUCUACUUGAACUUUAUCAUCAUGGCCGUUAUAGAACUACCAGGUUAUGUGGUGUGUUACUAUAUGCUGGACUCUGUUGGAAGGAGGUUUACUUUGGUGGGAUCUUUGAUUGUCAGUGGAGUUGCUUGUUUAUCCUGUGCUUUUAUUCCUCAAGAAUAUUGGAUUGUCCAGUUGAUACUUCCAAUCAUAGGAAAACUAGCUGCAACCAUGGCAUUCAAGACCAUCUAUAUUUAUACUGCAGAGAUGUUCCCUACAACUUUGAGGCAUACCUUCUUAGCAUUCUGUUCUAUGUUUGGAAGAGCAGGUUCUAUAGCAGCACCUCAACUUCCUUUACUAGCAACUGUCUCACCACUUCUACCUCCAUUACUUUUUGGGAUUUUGGGAUUGAUUGCUGGUAUGUUAGCUUUCUUCUUUCCGGAAACAGCAGGUUGUAAACUACCAGACACCAUGGCGGAAUCACUAAAUAUAGGUAAAAUAAACGACAUCGAAAUGAAUAAAAAAAUGUAAUUCCAUUGUUCAUCAUGAUAAUUUAUUAAAAUAUAUUAUUUUACUAAUAAAAA